UUUUGACAGCUCCUCUCUCCUCCUCCUCCUGUUUGUUUCCCCCCUACACAACCUCUUCUUUCCCACAAUGCUCAGCGAACAUCACCACCAAGAUGGCCGACGCUAUGGAGGAAUAUGAGAAAGAAGCUGGCUGCGUCCCUAUUCUCCACCCCGAGGAAAUCAAACCCCAGAGUCAUUACAACCACGGCUACAGUGAGACUGUUAGUCGUAAAAACCAUGUGGAUGACUACAGCACCUGGGACAUUGUCAAAGCCACACAGUACGGCAUCUUCGAGCGCUGCAGGGAGUUGGUGGAGGCCGGCUUCGACGUUCGGCAGCCAGACAAAGAAAACGUAACACUCCUCCACUGGGCCGCCAUCAACAACAGGAUAGACUUGGUCAAGUACUACAUAUCAAAGGGAGCCAUAGUAGACCAGCUGGGAGGAGACCUCAACUCCACACCUCUGCACUGGGCCACAAGACAAGGCCAUCUAUCCAUGGUGGUGCAGCUCAUGAAAUACGGCGCAGACCCGUCCUUGAUCGACGGCGAGGGCUGCAGCUGCGUUCAUCUGGCCGCUCAGUUCGGCCACACCUCCAUCGUGGCCUACCUUAUCGCCAAAGGACAGGAUGUGGACAUGAUGGAUCAGAACGGCAUGACCCCUCUGAUGUGGGCGGCUUACAGGACACACAGUGUGGAUCCCACCCGGCUGCUACUGACCUUUAAUGUGUCUGUCAACCUGGGCGACAAAUAUCACAAGAACACAGCGCUGCACUGGGCCGUGCUGGCCGGCAACACCACUGUCAUCAGCCUGCUGCUGGACGCCAACGCUAACGUUGAUGCACAGAACAUCAAGGGCGAAACACCGCUAGAUCUUGCCAAGCAAAGGAAGAACGUUUGGAUGAUCAAUCACUUACAGGAAGCGCGGCAGGCCAAAGGCUACGACAGCCCGUCCUACCUGAAGAGACUGAAAAUGGACAAGGAGUUCAGGCAGAAGGUGAUGCUGGGAACACCCUUCCUGAUCAUCUGGCUAGUUGGUUUCAUCGCUGACUUAGACAUUGACUCCUGGCUGAUCAAGGGCAUCAUGUACGCCGGCGUCUGGGUCGCCGUGCAGUUCCUGUCCAAGGCUUUCUUCGACCACUCCAUGCACAGUGCUCUCCCUCUGGGAAUCUACCUGGCCACCAAGUUCUGGAUGUACACCACCUGGUUCUACUGGUUCUGGAAUGAUCUCCCCUUUGCCACUGUCCAUGUGCCCUUCCUGAUAAACACCCUGGCUCUAUUCUACAACUUUGGCAAAUCCUGGAAGUCUGACCCAGGAAUUAUCAAAGCAUCAGAGGAGCAGAAGAAAAAGACAAUUGUUGAGCUGGCAGAGACGGGCAGCCUGGAUCUGAGCAUAUUCUGCAGUACCUGCUUGAUACGGAAGCCCAUCAGGUCCAAACACUGCGCCGUGUGCAACCGCUGCAUUGCCAAGUUUGACCACCACUGUCCCUGGGUGGGGAACUGUGUCGGAAGUGGGAAUCACCGCUACUUCAUGGGUUACCUGUUCUUCCUGCUCUGCAUGAUCUGCUGGAUGAUAUACGGCUGCAUUUCCUACUGGAGGAUCCACUGUGCCACCAGUUACGCCAAGGAUGGUUUCUGGCUCUAUCUGACCAAGAUCGCCUCCUGCUCUCCCUGGAUGUUCUGGAUGUUCCUCAACAGCAUCUUCCACUUCAUGUGGGUGGCCGUGCUCAUCAUGUGUCAGCUCUACCAGAUCGCUGCUUUGGGAAUCACCACCAACGAGAGGAUGAACGCUCGGAGAUACAAGCACUUUAAAGUCACAGCCACAUCCAUCGAAAGCCCAUUCAACCACGGCUGCUUCAGAAAUCUCAUAGAUUUCUUCGAGAUUCGCUGCUGCGGUCUGAUCCGGCCCGUGACGGUGGACUGGACCACGCAGUACACAAUAGAAUACGACCAGACGUCUGGCUCGGGCUACCAGCUGGUGUAGAGGAGGAAGAGGAGGAAGAAGGGAGGGGGGGAGGGGGGGGGAGUCAAGCGUCGCUGGAAGUUUGGAAGGAUCACCCUCCCCACCUCCACCCCCACCCCACUCCUGGCGUUCAUAUCGGAGCGAUGCUGUUCUCGGGAGCGCUUGCUUUUUUGGACCAUCUCUCCCUCACCGAUCAAAAGACUUUGAAAAAAAAAAAUCAGCCAGGACUAGCAUGCUGUUACGGGGCAACACCACACCUACACCCCGCUCUCUCCCUCCGCCCCCUCCCUCCGCCCCCACCAUCUUUACUACUAUUACUAUUACUACUACUAUUCUACAACAUCAGACUUCAUUACUGCACCCCCACUGCUAUCAAACCCCUCCACCUCGUCUCUUCUCCCGAGCCCUUUGGACGGUGCGUUGCUGCCUGGCACGGACGGAGAGGAGAGAGGCCGACGGAUGAGAGGAAUUACAAAAUAAAAGCCCUUCUGUUUGGACCGGAGACGUGACGCUGCAGAGACAGCAGCUCUAUAAAGUGGCAGUAUCGUUCUUUUCCCUUCCCAUUUUAUACCCUUAUUUAUGGUGUCCCUGUUGAUGUGCCCUGUAUGUAUUUUUUUGUUUUUGAUUGGUUCAGGAACUCUGCUGUUCCUGUGAUAAUUAACUGUCGUGGCCAGGGAAACUGAAGGAAAGUUUCUUGUAUUUUUUGAAACCAUGAAUUAGUUUCAAAGUAUGAUAGAAAUAAGGGAAUGUCAUUUUAAGGUCUUGAUUUUUGCACCGUGAUGAAUUUUGAGUCGAGCUGAUGAGGAUUGGCCAACAUAAGUUGAACUUCAUCAGAGCAAAGCGUCGGGUUACAUGUGGAGCCGCUGGAGGAGUCCCAACUUCUCACCUGCUGAAAUAAAGCUGCAUCCUGAGCGUUUUAAAGUGAUAACCUGAAAACAGUUUUCGCGCAGUAUUGGUGCAGGAUUAAGCGCAUGAAUUGGGACUUCUCUAGCGGCGACCACUGUAGGUGUGACAGAAAUGAUCCUACAGACAAUGUGAUACAGGUAUAUUUAUUUUAAAACUAUUUAUAGAUAAAGUAACUAUGUUCUAGCGCCAUAAUUUUUACAUUUCACAUCAUUUUAACUGAGUAGGUUUUUAUGAGAAAAAAUGAUUAAACGAGUACCUGUAGCUGAUGGACAUGGAAGCCCAGGAACUUUACCAUAAAACUCUGUAUAGACAGGUACAGUGAGUGUAUUUAUUAACCGCAGAGUUGAGUAUAAGAAAAAGAGAACGCAGCAGGAGGAGGACGAGUUUACAAGAAAGGUUCAUUCCAUUUGUUUUUCACAAAAAGCUGUAAAGUCUUAUUUGUCUUGUCUGCCUACAACAUUGCACUGAUUAUUUUUUUUUUUAGGGAUUUUUGUUUUGUUUUGGCCGUUACUGAACACAAGGGCCCAGCAGCGCCGCUUCACACCGACGCUUCCAUUGUUUACAGAGAGGAGGAGGAGGGGCCCAUCAGACAUGGCCGACUCCCAUCACUUCCUGUCUGGACCCCCCGCGCAGUCAGCUCAGCAUUAGCAUUAGCAGCAGCAGCAGCAGCAGGAUGGACUGAAGUGUAAAGAAUGUGCAUCUGUACAUAAACAAUAUCUUUCUCUGUAACCCUUUUUUUUUUUUUCGUCAGUGUUAGUUGAAGGUGCUCCUGGAAGCUUUUUUUUUUUUUUUUUUAAUGAGUUCGGGGGAUUUCUUCCAACCAAACGGAAAGAAGAAAGUCAAGUGACUAUACUCCAAGUGUAUGACUGUAGCUUUUAGUGACGUCUGACACUGCUGUCUAUAGGCAUUUUAACCCCUACAUUUCCCCUGCCAAGAAACUCCACUGCAUGUACGUUGCUUGGGACAGCUGGGCUCUCGCCACCCCCAAGUCGACCCGACCCCAUCGCCAUCACCAUGAUGACAGCCUGGCAAGCCACGUGUCUGUAUAUAGUGAAUGUUCAGUAUUUGCAAGUACUUUUCUGCAUUACGUUCAUUUGUCUGUUUUCUGUUUUGUUUUUUUUUUAUUAGUUUCUUUCUCUCAAAUCCAGUGUGUUUAGUGAAAGUUUUCUUUCCGGUCGCCAGAUUUGCAGUCGGGCCCCCCCUGUGCAAGUGUGUAAUAUAUUUGAAUCUUCCAUGCUUGUGGACUCUGUAGUCAUCCUAAAGGUUUUUUUAUUUCUGUCAUAUACCGCUGGGUUUGUUAUACCACUGGAUGUACAAAUUGUAAAGCAAAGACACUAGAGAACUAAGGCAGACGCCAACUUUUUUUGUUUUUGUUUUCUAAAAGCUGAAAUGUGAUCAUGCAAUAGUUUUAAGGAUAGAGGGAGGUUAUAUUACAUUAAGGCCUCCGAAACGUUUGGGCCUCAUGUUUGCAUCAUCAAAAGGGGACGGUUAUGUCAUCAUUCCAAGUUUCACUCCCCCCAUCUCGCUAACCAACCACUGAUGUCACUUCUGCCCUACAAAGACAACACACAGCAGCUACUUUGUAUGCUUUAAAGGUCAAAGGUCGCGACUUGGCUGUAGAUUUCAUAUCAGUACCAGUAACUAACCACUUGUGUUCUAAUAAUGCCUUUUAAGUGACAGGAGGUAAAUGUGGGCUCGUGUUUUUGUUUUUUGGGGCAGAGUUCAGCACUCCCAGCUCAUCUAGAACAUGAAUUCAAAGCCAUUUCAGUCCUCACUAGUUCUUCCAGCAGCCUAAAAAGUCUCUGUUCUGUCUCCCCUCUCACCUCACCAUGUGGGAUAACAAAAAAAAUAAAAAAUAAAGCACAUAAUCAUUUCCAGUGCCUCUCUGCCCACCUUCAGACAUCACUGUAACUCCGCUUCAGAUGUAAACAUAUGGGCAUGGUUCAGUUUUAAUGGCUUUAAUAAUAAAAUACAGUCAAAUGUGAA